AUGGCGGUAGCGGCCAUCUGCACCACAAACAGCGAACAAUCAGCGCGCAUUGUCUGCUACUUCACUGACUGGUCUAUCUAUCGGCCCGGACUAGGACGUUACGCAUCCGAAAAUAUUCCAGCGGAGCUAUGUACGCAUCUGAUCUACUCGUUCGUUGGAGUAAAUGACACCGAUUGGUCUGUGCUAGUAUUGGAUAGCGAAGUGGAUGUCAAACAAAAUGGUUUCCGUAAUUUCACUCAACUGAAAGAGAAGAACGCAAACCUUAAGCUUCUAGUGGCUGUAGGAGGAUGGAAUGAGGGUGGUGCGAAAUAUUCCGAACUCGUUUCACUGGCUGAGCGGCGCCAGAGCUUCAUAAGUAGUGUCGUAGAAUUUUUAAACAAAUACAGUUUCCAUGGUUUGGACUUGGGGUGGGAGUACCCUGGCGCUACGGAUCGUGAUGGAACUGCUGCAGAUAAAGAAAACUUUGUCUCUUUAGUGCAGGAAUUGCGAACAGCUUUCGACGCUGAGGGUAAGGGUUGGGAAAUAACUAUAGCCGUUCCCGUGACUCAAUCAAAACUUGACGAUGGCUACAACGUAACUGCACUGUGCGAGCUUUUGGAUGCCGUACACACAAUGACCUAUGAUCUGCACGGCACUUGGGACGGUUUCGCUGAUGUACACAGUCCGCUUUACAAGCGCGAUUUCGAAACUGCAGCGUAUGCAAAACUAAAUGUGCAUGACGCUCUUGCACUAUGGGAGGAUUCGGGCUGUCCCGCAAAUAAAUUAGUGGUCGGUGUGCCAUUCUAUGGUCGCAGUUUUACACUCAGCGCAUCCAACCAUAACUACUCCCUCGGCACUACCAUCACUGGCGCGGGCGAUGCAGGAGCUUACACUCAAGAAGCCGGUUUCCUAGCCUAUUACGAAAUCUGUACCCAGGUGCAAAAUGCCUCCUUGGGAUGGACCGUUGAAUGGGAUGAUGAAGGAAAGGUACCCUACGCGUACAAGGACACUCAAUGGGUUGGCUACGAAAACGAGGAAUCGGUGCAAAUUAAAAUGGACUUUAUCAAGGAAAAGGGCUAUGCUGGCGAAAAGGGCUAUGCUGGCGCCAUGUCAUGGAGCGUCGAUUUGGAUGACUUCCAUGGAUUGUGUGGACAGGAGAGUGCACUUCUGCAUAUUUUCUAUAGUAACUUACACGAUUACACGGUGCCAGAGGCGACAACGUCAGCUUAA